GAUCAAGAUCGCAAGAGAGAAUUUUGGUGCUGGCGCACCAGUACUGGAAUCCGUUGAGGCGGAGGCUGGACUGCUGGAGCCUGUGGAGGAAGACCCAUUCUGGCAGAAGCUCUGGUUUUUAGAUCCGAGGGGCCUCAGUUGAAGCGCACGUAGGAGUGAUUGGAGCUUGAAGUCGCUCCGGAUUGCAGCGCUUAGGGCGGAUGUGCCCUUCUCGAAAGCCCGAGGUCUUCUAGGCUUUCAUGAGGACCUCGUGCUCGUUAUUGAGACUGUAGUAAGAGUGCUGGGUCGAUUAAUCAGGGCAUCAUGUUGGCCCCCAUCCGAUGUGAGUGUGGUAUAUGCGCAGAGUGGACAAUGAUUGAGCUGCAAGGGGAGAUUGACGUCCAGGGGGCAUUCAAAAACGAGAUGCAGAACCUUCGGAUAGGAAUCCUGUGUCAGACACCCACGGAGAAACCCAUUCUAAGGAUUGGGUACCACGAGUUGGAGGGCUCCAGAGUGGUCCUGAAGAAAGCGCUUGCUGUGCUCCGGAAGAUCAAGCUCCCUCCCACGGCUGGUCAGCAAAUUGAAGGGGGCAGCACUAGGUUUGACGUGGUGGGGGUGAUACGGCAAAAGUAUCUUUUCAAAACAAGACCGCGGCCGCUCAUCUCGAAACCGGAACCAAAGCUUAAGAAGAUCAAAGCGGGUUGAAGUGUGGUAGUAACACCAGGUUGGGACCUCCUCCUCUUUUGAGCGCAAACAGGAGCUGGUUUAAUGAUAAGAUCUAGGGUGACCAAACCUGAGUUCCCUGCGGACUGAUAAAAGUAAGCACACGUUUACCAGGUUUUUAUAAUGAGGUGUUCUGCAAUUGCCAAGUCAAUGAGAAGCUUGCAACGAUUUAGUGGGGCAUCCACUCCUAUGGUAGGUUUUUGCAACAAGAGUCUGCAUUGUAAGUGCGGCCACUGCGCAUGUCAUGCGAUGUACAAAGCUUGCGCUGCUCCUUGCAAGCACACUGAAUGGAUACUGUACAAGAGGCUGUAGGCAGAUAAGUAAAUAUUGAGAGGUACCGUAGUGAUUUCCGAGCAGUACCACACUUGGUUGCUUGCAGCCAGAAGUUGUGAGCCAUCUAUCAUGCAUCCAGGGAUUGCCCCGCCU